UUUUUCCAACAGUCCCUUAGUCUCAACAUUACAAACGUGUGAUCCAUUUCAAAUUUGUUAAUUUCGGCGGGAAUCUAUUUUUUUGAAAAUGACAGAAUUAGAUUUUGAAGGGUUUAAUAUGUUUGAAGAGCCAGAAAACUUUCGCCCUUCUACUCCUCCUCCUAAAACAGUUCUUCAUGAACGAAAGAUUUGUCCUUCUGGACCAAAAGAAGUCGAACUACAACUUGUAGGAUCCCAUUCGUUAUGGGCACACUACUUAUGGAACAGUGGUAUCGUGCUCUCAAAUUUCAUCGAUGCUCAUCCGGAAGUCGUUCAAGGAAAAUUUGUUUUGGAAUUUGGAGCAGGUGCUGGACUACCCUCAGUUAUUUCUGCGUUUAAUGGUGCCAAACAUGUUGUGUGCUCAGAUUAUCCAGACCUUCCUCUUAUACAAAAUCUUGAUCAAAAUAUGAAACGAUAUCAGGAAAUUAAAGAGAAAACAUCUGCCGUGGGUUAUUUAUGGGGAUCCGAUGUUCAAGAUCUGCGAAAUUAUGCUGGCCUUUCAGAGGGUCAAUAUUUUGACGUGUUAUUACUAUCAGAUUUGGUGUUCAACCAUACUGAACAAACAAAACUUGUUCGUUCUUGCAAAGCAGCUAUGGGUGAUAAUAAGCAUGCCAUUGCCUACGUGUUUUUCACUCAUCAUCGCCCUCAUUUCGCUGACAAGGACUUGAUCUUUUUCGAUAUUGCAAAAGAAAAUGGGUUCGAGGUAGAACAUAUAGUAGAGGAAAAAAGAGAUCCAAUGUUUGAGAAUGAUCCUGGUGCUCGUGAAGUUCGUGCUACUGUUCAUGGUUAUACAAUGCGUUUGCUUAACGAGUAAGUGCAAAAACAUGUGUAUGCUUAAUAAGUCGAGGACUUUCGUUCAAGAAAUUUAUUAAACCGUUGAGGACUCCUCAAUUGCGGAUUAGGUCACUAGGCAUGACUAAGACGUACAAUGCUCAUAAACAGUGCGUUUUCGAUAAAAGUAGCUCUGUCAUAUCUAAGAUGAUACUACAGACUUUGGGUUCCGGGUUUUAUUUAUUUUUCCACUCUAUUUAGUCUUACUUUACUGUUUGCUUUUCUUUUUUUGGUCCUCUGUUUGAAUAAAAUUUGAGUUGUGGAGUACGUUCAUUAAUGAUUCUUGUUUUAAUAUAAUCUAGUAAAACAACAGUUGCUUUGAUUCCUAUCUUUUAGUUUCAAAGACAUAUUCCAUUCUCUAGAAUUCGUUAUGAAUUCGCACUCUACUCUCUACUCACUUUAAAAGAUGCUGAGUCGGA